UCUCUCUCUUUCCCAUGCACCCAUGAAACUAUUCAUUUUCCUCACCCUUUAAUCCAAUCUCUCUUCUUCACCCAUAAUUUCUAUUGCGAAAAAAAAAAGAAUUUUUUUCUUCAUAAUCACCAUUCAUAUGAUGACAUCAGCAUCGAAGCUCCCGAUCAGAGAAGAAAUUCAUCGGAAGGCGCCGCCACCACCGCCACCGCCACCGUCGAAGCCGCAGGAGCCGCCGGUGAGGUGUCCGAGAUGCGAUUCAACGAACACAAAGUUCUGUUACUACAACAACUACAGCUUGUCUCAGCCCCGACACUUCUGCAAGAACUGCCGCCGCUACUGGACACGCGGCGGCGCUCUACGCAACGUCCCCGUCGGCGGCGGUUCCCGUAAGCACAGGAGGCCCCUCAAGUCUUCUCCUUCUUCCUCGAUUCUCUCUGAUUCUUACAGAUUAGAUUCUUCCGACAACAUAAGUACUGGCGGGUUCAAGUUUUGUCCUGGUUUAGCGUCUCAUCGUGAUCUUGGUGGGUUGAAUUCGAACAGAGUGAUGAACCCUUCGUCUGCUACCGGAUUAGCUAUCAGUUCCGGUGGAUUUUCCGUCUCCUUGUUGCCGGAAAAUAACACCCACGUGGGGUCUUUGACCGUAGAUGCGAAUCUCGCAUCGUCGAUUGAAUCUUUGAGUUCUUUGAACCAAGAUUUGCACCGGAAGCUUCAGCAGCAGAGACUCGCCUCGCUUUUCGGCGAACACUUUGACCGCAACCAGAAAGAGACCGCCGGAAACGGCGAUUCUCCGGCAGUGUUUCAGAAUCUCGAUAUACUCCCUCCGACUGCUUCUCCGGAAAGUAUCGUCGCCGGUGAGUUCCCGGCGAGAGAGAGAAUCAAUGUUGUGGCAAAUGGAGAAUCUUCAUCGACGGCGACGGAGUGGUUUUUCGGGAAUCCAGGGUUUCUCCUUCAGUCUUUCCCCUCCUCAUCAUCUGCUGCAACGGCGGUCAGUGGCAGCGUUGAGAAUAAUGGGAACGGCGAUGGCAAUAUGGGGAAUUGGCAUGGGUUCCAAGCUUGGAGUGAUUUGCCCUAGUUAACCCUCUAAUGGUCAUCAUUAGAUAGUAGAGAUGUCAUUAUUGAUACUGUUACCACUAUUAAGGCCGAGAGAGAGAGAGAAGACGACAAGAGUGGAGCUACGGAUUUAGUCCACAGCGGUCGAAAAGGUAAUCGUUUUUGUUUCAAUUUAUUUAAAUUAGGAUCUAAUUAUAUUAUGUGACGUGGAUUAUUUUUAAAAAAUACAUUAUAGUUCUAGGUUAUCGAGGAUAUGGAGAGACAGUGUACGUCGUAUAUAUAUAUAUAUAUAUGUAAGAUAUGUUCUAAUGUGUCAGAUCGAUCAGUCGGAAUUAGAUUCUCUCAGUUGUGUCAAUGGAAACGUACCAUCAAAGUGACUGAGACUUAUGUCCCCUUUUUCACCACCAU